GUUAACCGCUAAUUAAUAAUCAAAAUAAUUCUGAUUAAGAGAGAAAGUAGCCGUUGCAGACCCCGUUUCUUUCCCAUUUUGGACCUAACAGUUCAACUCGAAAAUAUUUCUCCAUCCAAUCCCGCAUACAUUAAACAUAAGUUUCAGUUUACCAUUUCUCUGUGUUUUUGCUCAAUAAAUAGAGAAAACAAAACUGAAAAUUGGAAAUUUGUGAGAUUCUGCUUUACUUGUGAGAAAUGGCUGAAUCUUCUUCAUCCUAUUUCCUGCAAUCAUUCUCAUCACCUUCUCAAAUUUCUCAAGAAGCCAACCAGGGAGAUCCUCUAAGAACAUCAAUUUCGUUUGGGAGAUUUAUGUGUGAAUCCCUGGACUGGGAGAAGUGGUCAUCAUUUACUCACAACCGGUACAGGGAAGAAGUAGAGAAGUAUUCAAAGCCUGGUUCAGUUGCUGAAAAGAAAGCUUAUUUUGAGGCUCAUUACAAGAGAUUAGCUGCUCAAAAAGCUGCCGCUUUGCUAGAACAGCAGCAGAAUGCAGAAGUUGAUGAAUCGGCUGAUCUGAAUAUUACAAGUCACGACAAUGAUCAUUUGACAAUGGAAGAAGAAACUCAGGAAGAAGAGGCAGGGGAUCUGAACGUGAUACAUCAAUAUAUUGAUGAGUCCACAAUGGACUCUGAGGUGACUGAGAAUAGUAGUUAUCAUACAUAUGAAGAAAAUAAUGUAGACAUUGUAGAAACUGAAGAACAUGCCAAACAACCCUGUCAAACGAAAAAUGAUGUUGAGCCACUGGAUCAGCCAGAACAUAUUGCAGAAGAGGCCACUGAGACUAUACCCCAACUACAAGAGAAGACAAAAACCAAGGGUCAGUGUGCGGCUACUAUGGGAGAUUCUGUGUUGUCAGCAAAGAGGAAAUCUUUAUCCUUGAGCACUAGAUUAUCAUGUAACAAUGACUUGUCAAAGUUCAUAUCUCGUGGGAAAGCUAAAAUACCUGCGCAACAUAAUGAGAGUGUUCAGUAUACUCCAACAACUAAGAAGAAUAGAAAUUACUUGAUCGAUAGAAAGCAGUCAACUCCAAGAUCUCUUCACAUGUCGAUCAACUGUUCUUCUCGCACUGGCGAAAUGAACAAAAGAUCAUCUCCAGUUAUUGAGAAGAUUGUGAAUUCAAGACUUGUAAGAUCCAUCACCAAGACAUCUACAGACAGAAAAGCUCAAGAGACUUUGACUACGGCAUCUGUGAAUGGGAUAUCAAAGCAUCCUCAUGGGAACACUCAACCAGAAAUGAGAAGGACUACAACACAGCUGCAUCAUUCAUUCUAUAGAAGCAGAAUGGUAGUGGGUCAAUCACUAUCAGACAUAGGAAAUUCAAAUUCCUCGAGUACAUCAGUAAACAAAGUCCGGUCUUCUACUGUGUGUUCUUCCUUCAGCUUAAGAAGUGAAGAAAGAGCAGCAAAACGUAGAGAGUUCUUUCAGAACCUAGAGCAGAAGCUGCAUGCAAAGGAAGUGCAACAAGCCAAACCAAAGGGAAAAGCCACAAAUAGUUGUAAGGUCAUGGGUGAAUUGAUUAUUUCAAUCACUAAGCCUAAUGUAAGGAUCCAUCAGGAAAGAGAAGCAUCAAGUAAUUACAUGAACAAGAUUCCAAGACAUCCUUGUUCACCAAAAUUCAGUAGGAAGACAGGGUCAACACUCCAGGAUAACAACACUAGACCGCCAUGGAGGUUUUCAGGGAAGUCUAGUGAAUCAAAAGGUGUUAACAACAAUCUCCCUCGAACACAGAAUCCUAAGUUACUUCUCAAAGAAAGUAUGCGUGAAAAUACUUCUCCAAAUAUCCAAGCUUGAGUGCAGAGGGAUGAAACUCUUUUACAUCUAGAGUAGACAGUACGUUAUCCCUUAAUCAAGAGCUAUUCUUUAUAUGAAACAACAUGCUGCCGCUGCAAAUGGUAAAUAGGACAAUAAGAGUUUUUUUAAGAGAUUGAAUCCAAGUCUCUAAUUAAAUAUGCUAAUCAGUUUUGCAAUAUUGAUUCUUCAUAUAUAUGGUGGAUGUAUAGUAGUUCUUCACUGUAUCAAUCGAGAGUAGCUGUAAUGCUUUUCUAUUUAAUCAUUUAUCAACAUUCCUGGUGAAACUUCUAAGUACUAUUUUGUUAGGAAAGGAGUAGUACGAUAUAAAUAACAUAUAGAAUACUCUGGUCUUCAGCUUGGCUUUGUACUUUUUCUACAAUGUCCUGGGAUGAGGCUGUUACUGAAAUAUACUAUGCUACAUUUCCCGCUAAACCUUCAUAAUUUCAUUAUAGAAGUAUGCCUCAUUUGGUGUGCA